AUGCAGUUCGCCGUCGCUGUUCUUGCCCUCGCCGCUGGCGUCUCCGCCAACUACCCGGUCCCGGCCAACACCACCUCGUACACCACCUCAGUCAUCACCUCGACCGAGAUCUACUGCCCUGGUUCCACCACCCUGACCUACGGCACCCAGACCUACGAGGUCACUGAGCCCACCACCCUGACCAUCACUGACUGCCCCGUCACUGUUGUCACCCCCGUCUACAGCACCUCGUCAGUCAUCUGCCACUCCUGCACCAGUGCUCCUCCCGCCCCGGUCUACCCUACCAUCGCCCCCAACAGCACCUAUGCUACCACCACCUACCACCCCGUCGGCACUGGCAGCAUCCCCCCUGUUGCCUACCCGACCAUCCCCACUGCCGGCUCCGGCAAGGUGGUCGUCGGCCUUGCUGGUGUCCUCGCCGCUGUUGCCGCCGCUCUCUAA